AUGGCGGCGGCUUCUAACCGAAGCAAUGCUCCACCAGGACUGGAUCCAAAUGCAAACUUUCAAGCUUCUGAUAUCAAUCUUCAACCUCCUUCUACUCCCCACCAACCUACCCUUCCCCCCGGGUUAGUAUAUACUCAUAACGAACUACAAUCUGCUCUCAUCAGCGACCAUCCGGAACCAGGUGAAGAGCAUCCUGCCAUCCGUACAUCUGUCGAGAACGUUCCUCUAGAAUCCGAGGUUACCUUAGGAUUUGGUCCGUUUGCGCAAGAUCCUCACCUACCUGAUCUCGGAAACCUCAAUAUCAACCACGAGGCCGAGAAUAACCACCCCGAGAACGACGAGAAUCGUGACUGGGAAGGCUCGCAGUUCACCGACAAUAGUUCCGUUACACUUGGUCAAUCGGACGCUGCAUCUUUGGCAAACAGUGACGAUACGAUCGUCAACCAGCUCCAAUAUUUCCCGAUUGUCCUUCCUAUCAAUCAUCCACUCUUCGACCCAUUCAUUCACGAUACAGCCUUGUGGCCAAGACCGGAAGUUCUUGAACAGUGGAACGACGAUAGAAUCCAGCUUGAGAUUCAAGAAACACUAGGUGUUCAACUUCCUCCAGGAUUAUUGGGACCUUUCCCUUACCAUCCGCGAUAUCCAAAUCCAUUCCCAAACGGCUUUCGACGUGGGCCUGCUGGUCAGUCUGCCCAGAACCAGCCACAAUUUCAAGGCGUACCUCCUUACUUCACCUUUGAGCAACUCGAAGCCAGUGUUGUCUUUGAACCUAGAAGGGUACCAGGGCAUAGGAGACCUGAACAGCAACAUCCUCUAGCUCGAGCUGCAUUCACUUCAAACAAUCAGGGCAUUCCUCGUGCUGGCCACUCACAACCUCAAUUAGGUCGACAACUUAACAUUGGCCAACAAACACCACCAAUCAGGAGGUCAAGCACUCAUCCUGUUAUUGUCAGCCCUGGAUCAGUCAGCCGUAACGGACAGACCCAAAUACCUGGACCCAGAGUCGCUGAGCUUUUCCAACAAGGUUUACUUCUUGGUCUAGGACUGGGAAGACCUCCUACCACAGCUCCCCAAGCCCCGGAGCAACUACCACAACUUGGCUCCCCGAUCCAUUUUCAGAACGGUCCAGGAGGAGAAGAGCUUGCAGGCCUGGACGUUAAUAGACCCACGAGCUCUUUUGAGGGGAACCUUCUCGGGACCGAUCAGGCAGCAGCCAAUCCUGCGAGCAAUAUUGGAGACGAGCCACAAACAAUUGUAGUUGAAUGGGAAACAAUGCGCAACAAGGCAGCUUUAUACGAGCAGGAGAUUAACAGGCUUCUCGAACUUCGAGAUGCGGGCGAUGGUGCUCUUGAGCGUGAACUUGAUGAAAGGACAGUUGGACUGCGCCAUGCAGUAGAGGAGAUGAUUUUUGGCGAUAUCGAGUAUUGCCACCACAAUGAAGUCGCCGGAAAAUGCUGGAUGAUCCAUCAUAAGAUCAUCCUCCGAUAUUCGAAAGCUAUCGGAUCUUUGAAGAAGGAUGGCAAAAGGCCAGUCGAGCUUCGUAAAGUAUAUACGUACUUUACGAAGUUCAUCAAACUAUCUAGCAAGUUCUAUCGAGCUUUGAUUCAGAGGCUAAUUUCACACUUCGGUGUCCAAAACUUGAAAUUUGUUGCCAUCGAAUUCAAAUUCGAGAUUGAUACCUCUGACCGUGAGAAGGACUACUCAUCUCAAAUCCAGAAUUUCGCAACUUUAGUUUGUUAUGAAAGUCUCUUGCACCUGGGUGACCUUUCGAGGUAUCGUGAAAACUAUGGGGAACCUAACCCUCGAAAUCCAGAUGCGAAGAACUGGGGCCCUGCCAAAGGGUACUAUACCCUCGCUCGAAAAGUGAUUCCUGCCCAUCCCAAGGCAUUCAACCAAUUAGCCGUUCUAGCUCAGUACGAACAGAGUCACUUUACGGCCAUCUAUUACUUGUAUCGCUCGCUGCUUGCGGAGGAGCCCGACGAGGCGACCCAUGAGACCACCCUCGGCAAUUUGAAAAUUUGUUUCGUCAAAAUCCUGAAGGAUAACGCUUCGACAGAUGGUGCCGCCUCCGAUGAGAUCACAUCGAUGUUUAGCCGCUACCAUGCGCAUUGUUUCUUAAGCAAUGACGCCUCCGAGUAUGAGAGCCUCAAGAGCGACCUACUCAAUCAGAUAACACUAGCAGUCAAAGAACGUGCCGUCCCAGCAGUCAUAUUGAAUCGCAUGAUUCUUAUCAAUAUUGCUGCCGAGCACCUGGCUUUGAGCAGAGAUCGAGCAACAUUGAGCUCUCCAAAGGUCGUUACAUUCCUCCGGUUCAACGUCGAGACUUUCACUUCGAUCUUGAUGGUCCUACAGCAAGAGCUAGAUGGCACAUCUCAGGAUUCUAGAGAGGAUGUUGCGGAUUUGGUAUCAGCCGUAACUCGCCGUAUGCUCCCGAGUCUUCGGCUUUAUUCUGCCUGGCUAUUGAUUAGCCAUCAUAUCCUUGUCAAUGAGACAAAUGAUAUGUCUCUUAACGUCCAGGUCAAGCAGUUAUGGCAGACGUAUGCGACAACUCUCUCGUUGUUACAAUCAACAUUCCCCAUGAGAUCGUUGUCCCAAUCUCCUUACCUCCUUGAGGAAGAUGACGAUAUCGCCGGAUUCAAGCCUCUUAUGGAUACAUCUGAGUCUCGCCGACUUGGUAAAGGGGUUGCGGGAGUUCAAGGGAGGGACCACCCCAAUAAAGAAUCUCUCACUCGGAUUCUUUAUCUCUUGGAGGACGGAAUAGAGCUAUGUACCGCAGGAAAUGUUCCUAUUGACGUUAAAAAUAACACUUUUGCAUUUCAAGAUGGAAUAAUAUCGACGGAUUCUAAUACGGGCAACGCCGAAUAUCCCACAAUAACUUUGCGAGACAUCCCGGUCACUGGCGGAAUUAGAGCUACGUCUACUGCGAGCCGUCUCGGGCAAGCUAAUCACAUGGGAUCCGUUAUUUCAGAACCUGCCUCUACGACUUUGACUAAUAAGAUGAAUGCCAUGGUUGAUGACCUUGUUGGAUCAUCCCACUCCCGCGAAGAUUCCGAUGAUGAAGAGGAAGUUAUCGUUUUCAAGGGACGUCGUUCAUUCUUCACACCACUUCAGUCCAACCCAAAGGCUUCGCUGUCGACGCCCGCAAUUAACAAUGCGACAAUCACAGCUAAGUCCCCGAUGGUUGCCCAAGCUUUUGCCCAGCCAAUUGGGGGCGGAUCGGCUCCGGGGCUCGGUGGAACGAUUGGACCUUCGUCAAGCAAAGGGAAAGCUCCUAUUCCGUCUAAUUAUAUGGCACCAUAUACGGAAACUGUCACUGAUAGUGCUCAGCCUUCGUCCAAUCAGCCAACCUCCCCGGCUUCCCUUCUCACUGCAAGUGAUCUCGUUACUUAUGUCCAGAAUUAUGCCUCUAGGAUGACGAUUGCCCCUCCUACUCAAUCUCCACAAACGAAUUUGACAACUGGGCAGGCUGGACCUUCCAAUAUGUCUUUGCCUCAAUCGGGCCCUCCUGAUGCUGUGACUCCAAAAUUAUCUUCCGCAUCUUUAGAGCGACCAGCUCAGGUGCCCCAAUUGGCUCACAACCCUGCUUACUAUGAUGGCCACAGUGCAUCAUCCGUACCCUUCAAUUCUAUGAACUCAAACUUUGUUCAGAACAUGGCACAACCCAGCAUGAAUGCCAGCCAAGAAACUGGCGCAUAUUUCAGAAAUUCUGCCCACCAACAUCCCAUGGCCCGUGAAAAUGCUCGUAUGCCACCUCGGCACGGGCCAUACAAUCAUUAUUACCAUUGA